AUGUCUGCUCCCAUGGAACCCGUCUUCACCAAAGACGCCUGUCCCCCUGCUGGCCCAUACAGUCAAGCCAUCAAGGCUGCCGGGCAGGUCUUUGUAUCCGGCCAAAUCCCCGCCGACAACACCGGCAAGCUCCUUGAGGGAAGCAUUGCUGAGAAGACUGACCUCUGCUGCCGCAAUAUCUGCGCUGUCUUAGCUGCUGCCGGCUCCUCCAUUGACAAGGUCGUCAAGGUCAAUGUCUUCCUCGUUGAUAUGGCUGACUUCGCUGAGAUGAACGGUGUGUUCGAGAAGUACUUUUCCCACAAACCCGCUCGCAGCUGUGUUGCAGUACACCAGCUUCCCAAGGGUGUUCCAGUCGAGCUUGAGUGCAUUGCUCUCCAGUAG